AUUCUCUUUUAUAAAACGGCUCUGUCGUUGUUGUGGGAGUUGUAUCACUCUAUUCAUAAGUCAAUAUCCGCCGGCCACCAACACUCGAAUUAUUAGAGUUGAAAAUGGCAAAUGAGAUUGGAUUCUUCGAAUUGAACACCGGAGCUAAGAUGCCAUCGGUUGGUCUCGGUACCUGGCAGGCUGAACCUGGUCUCGUCGGCGCCGCCGUGGAGGCUGCUAUUAAGAUUGGUUAUCGCCAUAUCGAUUGCGCUCAAGCCUAUACCAAUGAGAAGGAGAUUGGAUUAGUGUUGAAGAAGCUCUUUGACGAUGGUGUGGUCAAGCGUGAAGAGUUGUUUGUUACUUCCAAACUCUGGUGCUCUAAUCAUGAUCCAGAAGACGUCGUAAAGGCACUAGAAGGAACGUUGCGAGACCUGCAGCUUGAUUAUCUUGAUUUAUAUCUUAUUCAUUGGCCGGUAAAGAUAAAAGGAUCAAUGAAGCCUGAGAACUUUGAUCAUCCGGAUAUUCCUAGCACUUGGAGAGCAAUGGAAACACUGAAAGAUUCCGGCAAGGUUCGUGCUAUUGGUGUGAGUAACUUCUCUUCAAAGAAGCUGGGCGAUCUGCUAGAGGUGGCACGCAUUCCUCCAGCUGUGAAUCAGGUGGAAUGUCAUCCUUCAUGGCAGCAGACCAAGCUACGGGCAUUUUGUCAGUCCAAGGGAGUUCAUCUAUCUGGGUAUUCACCUUUAGGAUCCCCUGGCACUACAUGGCUUAAGAGCGACGUCCUUAAGAAUCCCAUCCUCAAUAUGGUGGCCAAGGAAUUGGGGAAAACUCCUGCCCAAGUUGCGCUUCGCUGGGGUUUGCAAAUGGGCCAUAGUGUUCUUCCUAAAAGUACUCAUGAAGCUAGGAUCAAGGAGAACUUUGAUGUAUUUCAAUGGUCUAUUCCAGAGGAUUUGUUCGCCAAAUUCUCUGAAAUUGAGCAGGCAAGGUUGAUAAAAGGGACUUCCUUUGUUCAUGAGAAGUUUGGCCCUUAUAGGAACAUUGAGGAGCUGUGGGAUGGUGAGAUCUAGGCUACCAGCUGCAGCCUGCAAUGUAUGCUUCAUGAUUUACUGUUAUGCUUAGAAUCUGCAGAAUAAUCAUUGGAGACUUAAUUUAAUUUUUGAGUUAAUGAUUUGCAUUUUUAAUAACAUGCUUUAAAGAUGGGAAUUUUUCAUUUUAUUUGAUAAUGAAUAAAAAGUAUUUAUUAUU